CGCCGCCUCUCGGGACACAGAAAAAAUGCCAGCAACUCAGCAUCUAUGAGGCCCUCUAUGACGACAAACCCCUGUGCAUGUGUGAGAUGGAAGGGAAACAGAUUAUGGAAACCAAUUUCUGUUUCAGGCUUCCAACAAGUUGCUCUAAGUGUCUAAUGAGGAUUAAGUGACAACUCUGCCUGACCAAAAUGGUAGACACGGAAAGGGAGCUUUGUCCUCUUACUCCCUUAGAGGAGGAUGAUCUUGGAAGCCCAUUUUCUGGAGAAUUCCUACAAGACAUGGACAACAUACAGGACAUCUCUCAAUCUAUAGGGGAUGACAGUUCUGGAGCAUUAAGUGUAACAGAAUUCCAGUCUUUAGGAAAUGGUCCAGGAUCUGAUGGCUCAGUUAUUACAGACACCUUUUCACCAGCAUCAAGUCCUUCAUCCAUUAAUUUUGCAACAGUUCCAAGUAGCAUAGAUGAAUCACCCAGUGGAGCAUUAAACAUUGAAUGUAGAAUUUGUGGGGAUAAAGCCUCAGGCUACCAUUACGGAGUACAUGCUUGUGAAGGUUGUAAGGGUUUUUUUAGGAGAACAAUUCGACUGAAACUCACCUAUGAUCAAUGUGAUCGCAGCUGCAAAAUUCAGAAAAAAAAUCGUAAUAAGUGCCAAUACUGUCGUUUUCAGAAGUGCCUUUCAGUUGGAAUGUCACAUAAUGCCAUCCGUUUUGGACGAAUGCCAAGGUCCGAGAAGGCAAAAUUGAAAGCUGAAAUUCUAACAGGUGAAAACUAUGUAGAAGAUUCAGAAAUGGCAGAUCUUAAAUCUCUUGCCAAGCAAAUUUAUGAGGCCUACCUGAAAAAUUUCAAUAUGAACAAAGUCAAAGCCAGAGUCAUUCUGGCAGGCAAGACCAGUAACAACCCACCAUUUGUCAUACAUGACAUGGAUACAUUGUGCAUGGCAGAGAAGACUUUGGUGGCAAAGCUGGUAGCUAAUGGAAUUCAGAACAAGGAAGCAGAAGUUCGAAUCUUUCAUUGUUGCCAGUGCACAUCUGUAGAGACUGUAACAGAAUUAACUGAGUUUGCUAAAUCUAUCCCUGGCUUCUCAAACCUUGACUUGAAUGAUCAGGUGACCCUAUUAAAAUAUGGAGUUUAUGAAGCCAUAUUUGCCAUGCUAGCUUCAGUGAUGAAUAAAGAUGGGAUGCUUGUUGCCUAUGGAAAUGGCUUUAUAACUCGAGAGUUUCUGAAAAGCCUAAGAAAGCCAUUUUGUGAUAUCAUGGAGCCGAAGUUUGACUUUGCAAUGAAAUUUAAUUCACUGGAGCUUGAUGACAGUGAUAUAUCCCUCUUUGUGGCUGCUAUCAUUUGCUGUGGAGAUCGUCCUGGUCUUGUAAAUGUAGGACACAUUGAAAAGAUGCAGGAGAGCAUUGUACAUGUACUAAAACUACACUUGCAAAACAACCAUCCUGAUGACAUCUUCCUUUUCCCAAAACUUCUUCAGAAAAUGGCUGACCUCCGGCAACUUGUUACAGAGCAUGCUCAACUUGUUCAGAUAAUCAAAAAGACUGAAUCUGAUGCACACUUACACCCUUUACUACAAGAAAUCUACAGGGAUAUGUAUUAAGGGGUUUUGGUAUUUUUUCUGCAGUAUUUAAAGCCAACAAUAACACUAAUAAUAGAUGGGAGCAAAAUUACUUUGCACAAUUAUCUGCUGUGCUUUAACCCCAAAGCAUGAAGAAAACAGAGAACUGGAAUAUCACACUUCUUUUUUGCCUUGAAUUCUUCUUUUUAAGAAAUUUAAGGACACUUAUGCAGUGCUCGUGAAUUUGCUCAUAAAAGGUUCUGAAUAAUUUAAAAUUUGGGGAAUAGUGAGAAUUUUGUAUCGUUUUGUAUUAACAAAUUUGAAUCUAUUAAGUAGCAUAAAUAGAUCUUGAUUGAUCAAAAUUUUAUAUUCUAUAUUGAUUUAGUCAUUUAACCUUUAAUUUAAUUGGACAAAUUCUCUCAAGGUAAAUGCACUAUCUUCUAUAGAUUAUGCACUCUUGUUUUAUAUACUCUCAUGGUCACUGAAAGCCAGCUUGUACUUUCUGACUUUUCUUGAAUAAGGCAGUCAGUCUAAAUCUAUUGAGUGGUUGGGAAUAAUUAUAUAUUCACAUUUUUAUAGUUUGAAAGAUCUUUUGCUUUGCUGCUCUCAGAAUUAGGUAAGUAACAGUACUGCUAUAGUAUUGUACUGCUUGGGUAACUUUUAGAUUAGCCUGUUGAAAAGGCUCUCUUUAUUUAACAUUUUUUUAAAAGUACAGCACUCAGAUAUAUUUUACCCAGAUGCGUGUUGUUGAAUUAGCACAUGAAAGUGACUGAAUGCUUGUUUCAAAAGUGUUCUAAGCAAAUAACAACAAAAUGUCCCCUAUGGCUGGAUACAUUAAUACUGUGUUUGUCUUGGAGAAGUCAGAAUAGCUCAAGACGAAACUUUAACCUCAAAACAUCAUUUAAGUUAGCAGGACUUAGGGAGAAUCUCAGAGAUCUGAUGCUUUCCCCCAAAGAAGCUGAAGUACAAUUUGUCAACAUGCUGUUGCUUAAACUGAUGGUCUACUCUGAAAAAAAUGAUUUUGUAAAUACAGCACUUUCUUUCUUAAAAGGUCUGGUACCCUACUUGUUUACAUUUCUGACAGAUCAACUAUUUUACAUUCUUUGUAUCUGUUAGUCCCUCAAAGCUAACAGCUCUCUUAGCCUGCACUUCCUUCUGUUCAUUCAUAUGCAUUGUCAACAGAAUAGUUAACUAAAUUUAAUUGCAUCCCAUUUUGUCCACAUGUGUAUGCACAUAUAGAGAUUACGUUUGCAAUGGAAGCAGAAUUUGUAGAUACUGGACUCCUACAGACAUUCAGUUUCUCCUGGAAGAGUCUCUGCUUUCCCAGGAGAAACCGUGAGUGUACAGAUGUUCAGUCUUUUUCUCUCAGAAUAAAAUGGCCACUCCAGGAGAAAGAUAACCUGGAUAGCAACUAGGGUUACAUCAUUCCCAGGACAAUUUCUCCUGAGAAAGUGAAAGUCUGUGCACACUUUGCUUCUUCUCAGAAGAAAACAGUCCUCCAGCAUACCCGCUUCCAUCCCUCCUUCCUUCCCUCCCAGGAGACAAUGUGUCACUCCUUGGACUCUACUGUUCCAGCAGAGCAUAAAACACACCCCUUUCACAAUGUCCACAUUGUGCUGCAGGGAAACACAGGUUGACUGUGGGCAGUUAGGGCUGUCCUAUGCACUGCUGCCAUCUGAUGCUGGCCAGACUAAACUGAUUGCAAAGAUAUGGAAGCGGGUAACAUUUUGGGGAAAAUGGCUUGCGUUAUGUAACUGGGAACAAAAUUUGAUCCUCAGAAUACCACUUAAUGGUGAUACUGUAUAAGCCAAAAUAUAACUGUGGUUUUCUGUUCCCAUGUUGCCUGUACGCCUGUAAGUUAGGUUACUGAAAUAUAAUGAGUGUGGAACCCCAUGAUGCCAUUUUUACAGUUGUUUUCAGAGAUUUCUGUGCAAUGAAUGAAAAUAACUGCUAGCCAUGAGUUUCUUUGGGAAUUAACAUUUAAUACAUAUUUAUUAAAAAUAUUAUUCUCUUUU